AUGCACAAGGCUUCUCUGCUUCAGUGGGCAAGAUCAGCACUACGGCGGCCAUCUUGGCCUGUACUUGCCUAUUCAAAGACAGGAUACGAGAUAGUCAGUGCAUCUCAACUCCUCGAGGAGGAACGCUUCGACGCGUUCAAGCAAGGACACUACUACCCGAGCCGUCGAUACGUCUCGCUGAAGGUGUACACAUGCGACGAGAGCGGCCAGGAUGAAGUUCAAAUUUACAAACGAUUGAGCCAGAAGAACUCGUCACAUCCUGGUUCUGCUCAUGUGAGAACUGCAUUGGGUACCUUCGCCCUCUCGCGUCGCGAAGGUGUCCAUCAAUGUCUGGUGCAGAAGCCCAUGUGGGAGAGUUUCCGGCACCUGCUGUAUCGUAACCCCGAGCGUCGCUUUAGUGAGGAUCUCCUCAAGGCUGGUCUUACGCAAAUCUUCCUUGCACUCGACUAUCUCCAUACUGAAUGCAACUUGGUCCAUACUGACAUCAAGAGUGAUAACAUUCUCCAAGCGAUAGAAGACCCGUCAAUUCCCGAUCUCUAUGCUUCCCGGCGAUUUGAGCUACCAAAAGUAUUCGGGGACGCGGUUCUGAGUGAUUUCGGAUCUGCUGUUCGCGGCGACGAGAAGAGAAAUCACGAUGCACAACCGAACGUCUACAGGUCGCCAGAAGUGAUGUUGAAGGCUGACUGGAGCUAUCCUGUUGAUAUCUGGAACGACGGUGUUAUGGUGUGGGGCUUGUUCGAGCGCAAGCAUAUGUUCUAUGGCAACGACCCGGAUGGUAAGGGAUACUCUACCCGUGCACACCUUGCUGAGGUUAUCGGGAUGCUGGGCGCUCCUCCGUUGACCUCGCUCAAGCGUGGGAAACGGAGUCCUGAGUUCUUUACUGAGGAUGGACAAUGGAAAGGUGAGGUUGAGAUACCAAAAGGGGCAUCAUUGGAAGAGUCCGAGGAGUUUCUGAGUGGGGAGAAUAAGAUAAUGUUUCUGGACUUCAUGAGGGGGAUGCUCCAGUGGUGUCCUGAGGAUAGGAAGACAGCGAAGGAGCUUUUGCAGGAUCCGUGGCUAAAUGGGAUUAUACUUAGAUUGUGGUCACAGUCGACGUAG